GAUGCUUACAAAGGGGAGGCUGCUCGGCUGGUUGAGCGAGUCCUACUGGAAACUUCCUUCGGAUUCGGUUUUGUAUUGAAGUGAUAAAAAGAAGCAAAGUGGACUACAAUGUGGCUUGUGACUUUUCAGCUGAUUGUUUCUGUUUGUUUUUCAGUUUAUGGAAAAGAUGUGAAUAUUAAUACAAGAUGAAAGAUCUUGGCAACACCCAAAAAGAUGGAGAGGUAGAUGGGGAAGAAAACUGUGACAAACAAAUACACAUGGAAAGAAGCUUUUCUGUUGAAGAUUUGCUGGAUGAAGUUGAAAAGAUUGGCACUGUGUCCAGCAGUGAGGAAAAGGCAGAGAUUGUUGUGAAACUGUGGAAGAAUGGAUUUACUGUAAAUGAUGGAAGUCUUAGGAGUUAUACUGAUACUGAAGACCAACAGUUCCUGGAAUCUAUAAAGAGAGGGGAACUGCCCCAUGAGCUGGAAAGAAGUUUUCCUGAAGAAGAGCUGGAAGUGAAAGUGAAAGACUACAAGGAGGAGCAAUAUAUCCCAAGAAAGAAAGAGUUUCAUCCUUUUACAGGCCAGGGAUACAGGCUAGGGAGUGCCACUCCGAAGGUUAUAACUAAAUCUCAACCAUCAUGUGAGGUGACUGAAGAGUCUAUGGAUCCGGUUGUUAAGAUUAGUGAUUUGCAGCCAGUUACCAAUAUUCAGAUAUGGAUGGCAGAUGGGAGAAGACUGGUGCAAAAAUUUAAUUUAACUCACAGGAUCAGUGAUGUGCAGAGUUUCAUAGAAAAAUCUCAGGGACCCAGUCUUAAUGGACCUUUCAUCCUGACAACCUCCUUACCCUUUCGUGAGUUAAAUGAAGAGGAUCUCAGUCUUCAGGAGGCUGGGCUUCAAAAUGCAGUCAUUGUUCAGAGACUCUUGAAAGAUGAGUCUCCUUUUGGGCAUUCCUAAGGAAUUAUAAAGUAUAGAAUUCACCUCAUGUAUCUUUUGAAUAUGUGAGCCUUUAGGUUGGUUUGGGUUAUGUAAAGUCUUCCUCUCAAAAAGCAGCGUUUGUGUGUAUGUGUGUGUUUUUGUUUUUGUUUUUUUUAAAUUAUCACUUUGUUGGAAUUCUCCAAUAUAAAAGCCUCAGGUUAACUGAAACAGAAGCCUGUGAUAACAAUAACUUUUUUGUUAAUGUUGAUCUUUGAAACUGCAAUAAAGAAUUUAUAUUCUUACAGCUUGUAGAACUUACACACAUGCAAUUCUUUACUCAUGUCAAGAAAGUUUAGUUCUCUCUGGUACAGAACUUCAUGCUUUGUGGGAGCUUUCACCAAAGAAUUCAACUAUUGCUAAUAUGUUUACUGCCUUAUUAAUCUCAGAUUUAAGACAGAUAAAAGUAUUGGGUAUAACGCUGUAUUAUUUAUUUUAGAAGUAUGAGUAAUUUAGUAAUAACUAUGCUACAUGCUAAUUCACCUUUCUUUAUAAUAAUUAAUUACUUAAUACAGUUUCAAUUACAAUGUAUUUUUCACUUAGAUUUUUUUUGUACAUUAUGUAGUCAUUUUUUGGGUCAUAUAAAUUGCACUUAAUUUCAUGUAUAAACUUAUACAUGCACUUUUCAUCCACAUUAUUGCAAAUUAAUACAUAAUAUUUUUCUCAAAUGGUACAAAAAUAAUAAUCCUUUAUUGAAUUUCAGCAGGUUAUAUCAUAAAAUAUGAUAUACAGUAUUUUGCCAAUUUUUACAGUAGUUUAUAAAUCUUAUAUGUGUAGUCUUUUUCUUCUCCAAAAAAAGUAAUUUUGUGCUUGUCUUCUUAGCUAACCAAGUGACAUAAAUUACAAACCUGCAAAAUGUCAGCAAAGGUGCUAAAAUUUAAUAUUAACAUUCUUUUUAUUGCACACAAUUUUAAAUUAUUAGGCCCAUAAAACUAGAAGGAGUGUUAAGGAACAACCUUAAAAUUGCAUUUGCCUAAAUGUGAAGGAGGUAGGAUUGGCAGUUGUUUGCUGUGAAACCUAAAGUACAUCGUAAAUGAAACUGAUUUACUGUUACAUUUGAUGUUCUAUGAAAGCAAAGACAUGAAAGUAAUUUGCUUGGAGAAAUGCCUGUUUAUUCAUUCAUCCAUCCACUUGUGUCUAUGGAUAUACAUAUAUGUACAGAGAGUUUUAAAUAUGUAUACUGUGGAUAUAUAUAUAUACAUAUGGUAUAUUCUGGUCAAUGUAAGUUGAAAACUAAGUUAAAUUUCAUAUAUGAACAUAAGAAAAAUUAUAAUCUUUUGUACAUAUUAAACCAUACAAGUUGUAAGUAAUGAGAAGUAGCCUAUUCAAACCAAGAAGGUAUUACUUUUUUUUUUUUU